CCGUCGCCGCCGUCCGCCGCUUCGCUGUCAGGCUGCGCCCACCCUAGCACCACGUCCCGAGCCCGUCGCCGCUCUGGACCCAGCCAUCGUCUCGGAUCCGCCGGGAAAAUGUCUGAUGAGUUUUCGUUGGCAGAUGCACUCCCUGAACACUCCCCUGCCAAAACCCCUGCCGUGAGCAAUACGAAAGCUGGCCAACCUCCUCAAGGCUGGCCAGGCUCCAGCCCUUGGAGUAACCCGAGUGCUCUGCCUUCCGUGCCAUCUGGGCUUCCGCCGAGUGCCACACCUUCCACUGUGCCUUUUGGACCAGCACCAGCUGGAAUGUAUCCCUCUGUGCCUCCCACCGGACCUCCUCCAGGACCCCCAACUCCCUUUCCUCCUUCUGGACCAUCCUGCCCCCCACCUGGUGGUCCUUAUCCAGCCCCAGCUGUGCCAGGCCCCGGUCCCACAGGGCCAUAUCCUACACCAAAUAUGCCCUUUCCAGAGCUACCUAGGCCAUAUGGUGCACCCACAGAUCCAGCUGCAGCUGGUCCUUUAGGUCCGUGGGGAUCCAUGUCUUCGGGACCUUGGGCCCCAGGAAUGGGAGGGCAGUAUCCUACUCCUAAUAUGCCAUAUCCGUCACCGGGACCAUAUCCCACCCCUCCUCCCCAAGCACCAGGGGCAGCACCGCCUGUUCCAUGGGGCACUGUUCCACCAGGAGCCUGGGGUCCGCCAGCACCAUAUCCUGCCCCUGCGGGAUCCUAUCCCACACCAGGACUCUAUCCUACUCCCAGCAACCCUUUCCAAGUGCCUUCGGGACCUUCUGGUGCUCCGCCCAUGCCUGGUGGCCCACAUUCUUACCAUUAAGUUAACAAUGGACGAAGAGAUGACGCUUUGCUUUUUGAAGUACAUAUAUAUGCACGUGAAUGCAUAUAUAAAAAUUGCUGGUUUCACUGUUCUUAGAGGGCAUUCAUGAAAGAACAACUCUUGCACCUCUCAGAAGAUGACUGCCUCUUGUACGGAUGUAUAGUACAUCAGAUGGAUACAAUCAGAUAAAAACUUAGAAGUAAAUCAUUCAUGUGAUUUUUUAUUUGGUUUUCAUGAAAAGUUAAAGUGAUUAAGUAUAUUGAAUAACUCUUUGAUACAAUUUGUUUAAAUUAUGAAACUUCACACAUAAAAAUCUAGGAUGAUGUGGAUUAUUGUUAGAAUCUGCAACUUCAUUGGCAAAUUACUUCAAGUAUUUUUCUAUAACCAUUUUCCCCUUCUAAAUAAAUAACCUUUGCAAGUAAUCACAUAAU